AUGACGAGAUUGGCACGUCCCAUCACAUCCUCCGGCCCACUUGCAUCAGCCGCAGGCUCACUUUCGCGGGCUGGCAGAGUCUCUGUCACUCGAUCCUCGUCGAGUCAAGGUCUGGCAGCCUCGCUUCAAGUGCAAACUGGCUCCCUGGCUCGUCCUUUUCGUUCUUAUCCCUAUGAUCAUCCUGCGACACCAUGGCCAGCACGCAAUGACUUCGCGUCGUCCAGCCGACUACUGACCUCAGCUGCUCCUGCAUCAGCCCCAACACACGCUAUCGACUCUGACAUUGUCAUCGUUGGCGGAGGCGUGAUUGGUCUCAAUUUGGCGUGCGACCUGGUCGCCUCUCAAGCCAUCAGCUCACCAGCUGAAUCAGGUGCUCACCCAAUCACCCUGGUUGAAGCUUCUGAUCUCGCCCGCCUCCGUAGCUGGACUGCCGACCGUGCAAGCCACCUCUCCCAGAGUAACGCAUCCUCUUCCUCCGCUGUAGAUGGCCUCGAUUGGGAGAACCGCGUCAUCUCGCUUACAUCUGAGAAUCUCGACUGGCUCAAGCGCAUCGGCGUAUAUCCUUACCUCGUACAGCACCGUCUUCGCCCAGUUAACUCGAUGCGUGUUUGGGACGGUCUCUCCGAUGCUGUGCUCGAUUUCGAUUCGAGUCAUCUCUCGAGCACUGCAGGCUCCACGUCGCAGAUCAGCGUCAUGGUCGAGAUUAGUAACCUUCAGCAAGCCAUGCUACAGUUUCUCGAGCAAGGACCUGGCAAAGGUAUUUGCUCCAUCAAGGACAACGCCAAAGUCGAAUCCAUCGUCGCUGGCUCAAAGAUCGAAGCAGGAAGUUCGUCUGUUGAGCAGGAUCCCUGGCCGAUUGUGCACUUGACGACGGGCGAUGCUAUCCAGGCGAGGCUGCUAGUUGGCGCAGAUGGGCCUAACUCCCCAGUGCGCAAGUAUGCUGGCAUUGGCGACUACGGCUGGCCAUAUGACCGGUGCGGUCUCGUGGGGACGCUCCGAUGUCGAGGCGCCGAGAGUGGAGAGCCAAGUGUGGGAUACACUGCGUAUCAGCGUUUCUUGCCCAGUGGCACCAUCGCCUUCCUGCCGCUGUCCGACUCGACCGCAUCCAUGGUCUGGACGCUCGAGCCUCAAGUCGCAGCCGCUCUGACUCUCCUGCAUCGCGACACGACUGGUUCUGCCGACGAGCCGCUCGCCAAGCUAGUCGAUGCGGCCUUCCGCCUCCCUUGGUCGCACAUCGAGCGGUUGUUCGAACGCGUCGUAGCAUAUUCAAAGUACUCUCAUCCUGUGGGGACACAGCGCAACUGGAGCUGGCUCGCCGCAGAGAUUCCUACAGAAGCUGAAUGGGUCGAACGAGGCUUGGGCGAGCCUUUGCCUGAAAGUGGAACCGGUGAUGUACCACCCAAGGUUCGGUCGCUGGACGUGAAAAGUGUUGCAAGCUUCCCGCUCAAUCUCAAGCACGCCGACGCCUACCUCGGUGCAUCGCUCAACAGCUCGCCUCUCCUACCAUCCGGCUUGCUCGCUGGAGCCCUGGCUGCAGUCGGACUUGCUCCCGAGGGUGCCGGGCAAGGUGCUGGUCGUGGACGUACCGUUCUCGUCGGCGAUGCAGCGCAUACGAUCCACCCGCUUGCUGGACAAGGCCUCAAUCUGGGUAUUGCUGACGUUCGCUCGCUAUCGCAGACGUUGCGCGCCGCAUUGGGCGCAGGCGCCGAUAUCGGCUCGUACAAUGCGCUCAAGGGGUACGCCAGGGAUCGAUACUGGCAGAACCAGAAGAUGCUCUCCGCUGUAGAUCAUUUGCAUUGGCUCUAUGCUGGCACGCCUGUACCGCUUGCUCAGCAGGCGGAUGGUGGAAAGCGGCAAAGGGAGAGAGAUGGACUGGCCAAAACCACCGCCAAGGAGGCGGUCGGAAGGGGAGUAAUUUGGGCCAGGAGCACGGGGUUGGAGGUGAUCAACGAGCUCGGGUUUGUCAAGAAUGCUUUUAUGCGUCAAGCUGGUUCUACUACCAUUGCUCGUGGCGCACCGUGGCCAUCAUCGACGCGCCCUUUUUCUACGCAUCAUAGUCGAGGUUUGCAUACCUCGCCGAGACCCCGACCGGUCUUGGUGAUAGACGUCUUCCGCUCACAAGUGCGGCCACACGCAAGCGGUCCUUCAGCGCGGCUUGCAUCUGACGCAUACAUCAAUGCCGACGCAAGCGACACCUCGACUGCAGCUACCACCUCCACCCCAUCGCUCGCGUCGCUCACGCCAUCGCAACGACGAGCUCUACGCGAUAUGCUGCGGGUGGAUCAUUCGGGUGAAAUCGCAGCCAAUACAAUCUAUCAAGGCCAAGCGGACAUGUUUGGUGCGCUCGGCGACGUCAAGAACCGCGAUCUGUCGAUCGAAAUGUGGCAGACGGAGAAAAAGCAUCUCGAGGUGAUGCGCGCCUUGCUUCGACAGCACAACGUGCGACCUUCGCUGUUGUUGCCUAUCUGGUCCACCGCCGGGAGGGUGCUGGGUGGUGUGACGGCAUUGUUAGGGCCUCGAAGCGCCAUGGCGUGCACCGAGGCAGUGGAAAGCGUGAUUGGUGAGCAUUACGAUGAUCAGUUGAAAGAGCUAAAGACGAUCCUGGACGGGGAUGGGAUAGAAGGUGGAAAGCGCGACGAGGUGCACCCUUCACUUCCGUUGCUGUCGGAUAUCAUCGAGGAGUUUAGAGACGACGAAUUGGAACAUCUCGAUACAGCGGUCGAGCACGAAUCGCAGCAGGCAGCAGGCCAUGCCUUGUUGAGCGCGGUGAUUGCUGCUGGUUGUAGAGGCGCGAUCUGGGUCGCUUCUAGGGUGUGA